AUGGGAGUGCUGCUCAAGAUCGCCCUCGCGGUGGGUGUUCUCUCCUUCAUCACCUUUGUAGCGCUCUUCGGCCAGCUGCCUGCUUUGCGCAAGACACCGAUAGGAUGGCUCCAACGUGUGCUCUGUCUACACAUUCCAAACGGGAUGCGAGCCAUCGACCGGCAUACCACUGGCGGUAGAAUCACGAUCAAGAGUAAGAGGCUGGGGCGCUACCUCUUCUACGAGAAGAACCCGAUUGUUUUAAUCAUCUUCCUUGCUCUCAUGACCGGAUCCGCCGUUCUCUUCCUUUGGAACGCUAUCCCCGAACUCCCAACUCGUCUGAUCGUGCCUAUCCCCUUCCUGGUCUCUCAACCCUAUCUGUUCACCUGGCUUUGCGUCCGGCACAAUGACCACUACAUCACUCCGUCCAACCACACAGACAGGUUACAUGACUACCCCUACGACGACGCCUUGUUCUCAGCCAACAACAUCUGCUCAACCUGCAACCUCACCAAGCCCGCUCGUUCGAAGCAUUGUAGCCUGUGCGGAACCUGCGUGGCAAUGUGCGACCACCAUUGCCCAUGGAUCAACAACUGUGUCGGUCGAGGCAACUACCGGUACUUCCUCGCUUUACUCUUGUCUUUAGGAGUGAUGGACCUGUACGGCGCGUACCUCAGCUACUGGCUCCUGCAGCCCUGGUUCAAGCUGCAUCGGGGUGGCGGCUUCUUCACACAGCAGUACUGGGACGACACGUUUCAAGUCAUGGUUAUCGCGAUCAACGCCGGCGGUCUGUCGAUUGCAGGAGUUGGGAUGCUUACUAUUGCCACUGCUGCGCUGCCGUUCGGGUUGCUGGGAUACCAUUGCUAUCUCAUCUGGGCAGGCAUGACGACGAAUGAGUCGCAGAAGUGGGCGGAUCUGCGGGAAGAUAUGGCGGAUGGGUUUUGUUUCAAAGGCAGCCGAGAGGAGUUGCGGACGCAUCAGCGGUUACGGAAGUACGGUCAUGGCAGCGCUGGUCAUGCCAACGGAGGCGGCAAUCCGGCUCUGCAUGCCUGGAGCGACGAAACGGAGGUACAUAUUCCUUGGCCGGUCAGCAGCGAUCAAAUCGUUGUAAGGACAAUGGACGGCAGGCCGCCGAGGGGACAGGAGGCGUUGUGGAGGCAGGUCUGGAGCUUGAACGACGUUGAGAAUCUCUAUGAUCUCGGAGGCUGGGACAACUUUGCCCAUAUGCUAAAGGGCAACUAG